GGGAAUGAAUUUUCUAAAAGCAAACAAGAAGCUAGUUACUUACACGACAAAAAAUGAAAGAGGACACACUGCAAUCGAUCUGAAAACUACCAUGACAAAGAAAAGAAAAAACACUCGCUUGAAGACAUAAUAAAGAGAAAAGCUGGCUUAUUUGAAUUUAUCUAUUCAUCAGAUUCAGAAGAUUCAUAAAUGGUUUCUCGAAUUGUCUAGCGAUAAAGUUUCAGUUUAAGCAAAUGGAAAUGCAAUUCCAAACCCAAGGACAACUUAGGCUUUUCAUUUGGAGGUCUUUAUUUCUGUUUUGCGUUGCAAUUGAUACGAAAUUGUUAGAUCUUGAUCACACGAUCGAAGUACCAACUUCGGGUUCGGACACAAUUAUGGUCUUGCUUGACGCUCUACGAAUUUUCAUACCCUUUCCGAAUGAGCGUGAACUACAAAGGAGUGAGCGUGAAGAUGUCGGACUCGGGAGCAAGGCGAACAUCAAGCAAGGCGGGGACAACAAAAAGUGUAAGGUGGGAGAUCGAGAUGGUCUCCCUGGUGCAGCAUCGGCAGGAAAUCCCGAGUUGUUCCGAUGUGACACGUGUAUAGAUGGCUCGGAUGUUCUGCAUAAGUACCUCUCCCGGUAUCUGCCGCUCUUGAAUGAUCUUUGCGUCGUGCCUUUCAGCGGAAGCAACUUCAGGCUACAGGUCAAGCCUCCUCGAUGUCUUCGGCGUCAAACCGUCACAUGCAGGACGCAUCGAUCGCGGGUAGAGUUAUGUUGAUCCUAGGUUUCACUUUCAGCAACAGCUUGAGGUCAUCUCUUCCUACCUAUUUUUAAAAGGUCGUUCGUUUAAUUAUUGAGUUUAUUGAGACGAUCAAGAAAAUGAAAAAUGGAUCAUGAUUUCAACAUUUCAUCUAUUCCCUCAUCUAAAACCUUCUCCUGCAUCGUCUCCGAGCAUUGACGAAGGCGCUUUCCUAGACCAAGAUCGACGGCAGGGAGAGAUUUCCGUGCAGUACUACGAAUUCGCCGGACAUGAUGAAGGAGCAGACUCGACUUUACUGUGCAAUGUCUAUUAAGGCUAGUUCUACCUCUAUUAAUCCGUCUCGCUAAUGAUUGAGGAUACUAGUCAUUUGAGGUGCACACAUGACACAGUUUGUCUCUCUGGAAGUAACAAUCUCUCGACAGUAUACAAGGUAUACCACUUGAUGUUCUGAUGUUGAAAGAUUCCCACAAGGAUGAACAACAACUAGGGGUAGUUCUAAGUCGACCGCGCCACCGAUCUCAGUGCUGGUGCAACAGCUGCCGCCAUCAAAAGCAGUGUCGAAGCGCGCCAUCAGCACAACAUGCGCAUGGCCAUGGCCAUGGAGACGGACAACGAGCAGUGGAAAAACGUUCCAUCUAGUGAAAGCAAGUUCAAAGCCCUGUCGGAUAUACCAGAUCACGAAGAUGAAUACGCUGUACGAGGACAUCAAGCGUUGAUGUUCCAAGAUCACAGUACGCCGAGUCCUCUUUGUCCAUCUAUAAGACGAAGAAUCCUGACUACUACGACGACUGUUUCAUCAGACAACAAUACUUCUUGUGAUCCCGCCCAUUCGCAUCCUUCUUCUUCUUCCUCUGCAAGCAAAAGACUUCUGGGUGAUCACGCCACCAAGCAGAUGCGAGACUAUUUCGGUGUGGAAAAUCUCGAACGGAUGGUGAGCGGAGAACCAGUAAGUAGUCGAAUUCGAAGACUGGUGAGCCAGUUGAAUUAUCCCGGCAGUGCGGACUGUGGAACUCCAUCAAAUGUUGGCAACAUCGGUACCCCACAAGGUAGAACUACUAGUAUUAAGGCUGGAGGACGAAAUCCAUUUUCCCCGGCAUCUUGUUCCCGUUUUGAAGCGAAAAUGGCUACGAAGAUGCUCACCGAGAUGGAUUUCUGCAGUGUCCUCUAAUACUAGUGGUACUACUAACAGGACUAAGAACAAGACCUCCAACACCAACUUCUACUGUAAUUCGACUUCUACCACAUGUGAAACAAAAGCAGCAGAAGGAUUUUUUAGUACUUGUUCAGGUGCACGUGCUGUCGCUGGAAUAGGAGUAGAACAAGAUGAGAACGAAGAUUGGAGUCCUGUUAGACGGGUUGACUCAGCUACGCUUCUUUUCACAGACGAUGACGAGAGCGACAGUUGUGGGACGAAGCGUCCAGCUCUUAGUUGUAGCUUCUUCCGGUCGUCGUGCGUGGCCAACAGCAUAGCAUCUACAACAGCCCUUGAUACAGCGACUACAUUUAUGGGAAGGAAAAAGAUGGAUCAUCAUGUUGUUGUGUCAUGAACAAGUUGGAAAAUACCAAUAUUACAUACUAUGACUUUAGCUGAGUUUAAUUAAGUAGUUUAAUCUCUUAACUAAGCCUUACCAGGAGCACUCCAUAAAAAGUAGAAAAUAUGAAUCAACAGGUAUGAAUCAACAGGUAGUUCUAGUUACUAACUUAGACAGUUCUAACAGCUGUGCCAGCUCCGAUGGACUGUCUUCUGCGACUAACUCGAAAUCGAGAGCGCUGAUUUUCGAUGACCAGAUUAACUCGAUGGAACUAGAUGCUGCUCGUGAUGUAGUUGAUCCUGCUGAUAGUGCUGAAGUUGAAGAUGAUAAUGAUAAUAUCAUCAAGCAACUACACAAAAGCAACAGCACGGAGCAGGUGGAAGCAGGAACUACUGCUGGAGGCAGAGCACCGGCACCAGAGCCAGAAGCACUUGAUGUCGAUAGUGAUGGAGAAAGUGAAGGAGCCUCGUCUUUAGAGCCAAAUGAUGAAACAAUGUCUGUAGAACAUCCAUCUUCUAGUUCUGAUGGGGGCGCAGAUCAUGUUGAAGGUCGUAGAGAUGACGAGAACAGCAGGUACAGAAAAGCUUCUGGAGCAGCCCAAAAUGAAAAUGUCUUCGACGAGUUUGACGAGGAUUCGAGGCUCGACAGUCCUGGCGCGAUCUUCUCCGGAGGUGAUAUGACGUAUCCACCGAACGGCAUACCUAGUGAGAAGCAGUACAAUGAACACGAAAUAGAACCUCCAUCUUCCGGAGUGUCAAAGUUGCAAAAUAAAUUCGACAACCCUUCUUGUUCAACGACAGCCUCUUGUAGUUCCCAUGCUGAAGACUACGACAUCAAACCUUUGCCUUUUGAGGGCAGCAUGCCAGAGGACAUGCACAUGACGCCGCCUCGCUCCAACGUCUUUCCUCGUCUUAGCAAAGAAUCUCAACAUUGGUCAUCUGCAGCUGACAGUCCGCCGCUCAGCACUGCAGUAUCAACGGCGAGUAGUUCCUGUGAACGCUGGAUUGAAAGUGGCAGCUGGCGACAAAGUCACUAUAUUGAGUUACGAUUCAUUUUCACUCGUCAUAUUUCUGCUGCAGCCAUUGAAAUGGAACAACAGGUAAAGAAUUUACAUUUACGGUGUCUGCAGCAGUUGCCUUCAUCAACAUUCGCUGUGCGCUCUUUGUCUUUUCCCUCUCAUUUCCGCGGAUUCUCAAACAACCAACCUUCUGCUCCUUGCCUUCUAAUCCAUGACUUUCGAGCCCGCAUAUGCCGCUUCUGUAUCCUCUUCUGGAAUUUUCCGAUUAUGCGGCUACUGAAAUUUCUUGGCGAGACGUAUACUCCGUACUUAUGAAUUACAAAGAAACACAAGAACAUAAUAGUAGUAGUACAUUUGACAUUGAUGAAGAUGAACGAAUGACGUUGUGCUUUCCGUAAGUAAAUAAUACCUGCAAUGGGGCAGUUGGGAGUCGACGUCAACUACUAACUGCAUGUCGCGAUUCUUGUGCUUGGAUGCGCAAGUUCGAAAUCAGAAACCAAGAAAAAUUGAGCAGGUGUCUGUAGUGUGCAUGCAAGAGACACCCUUUCCAGUAAACAAUGACUGUUACUUGGACUGUGGCCUUUCUACUUGGACUGCGUCUCACUCCGACUCCUCUUCCAUCAUCAUCUAACCCACGUCGCUCCCUACGUUGUGCCUCUUCUUCGUGCCUUUAUGUACGUGCUGUUGGACGUACCGGUUUUCGUUUUGCCUAGUAGGACAAAAAGGGAGACGGUCUGGAUCCCUGUUGACGCGAAUGCAAGGGAUGGCUCUUGCCGCAAGCAAAUCAUGGCUGAAUGGAUUACGCCAACAGGGUUGGAGAAUAGAAAAGUAGCGACGGAUCAUGAUGGUGACGCAAAUGAACGAGGAAACAAGGUGAAACAAGGUGACACCAGCAAUAACAAGUCCGAAUAUUACAAGCCAGUGUUUCUCUAUUUCCAUGGUGGUAGUUUUGUUCUGAUGCAUCCAAAGAUGGUCCGCUUUUUCACUCACAAAUGCGUCCACGAUUGUCAAGGACCGAUGCUCGUUCCUUACUAUCGAAAACCGUUCAACUUUCGCAACGACCGUACCCUACUAGACGGUGUCGAAGACGGGGUCGCAGCUUACCUCUAUUUGGUCAGAGAUAUGAGGAUAGAGCCUCAUCGGAUCGUGUUGUGCGGUGAGUCGGCUGGUGGCGGACUGGCGCCAAAUGUAAUGCUCCGACUGCGAGAAAUGGUUUUCAGUGGGGAGAUUAAACAAAGCGACUUUCCUUGGCUCCCUAGCAGUGAAGCCGACCACUACUCAGCAUCACCACCUAUUAAGGGUUUCGACAUUGCAUUCUUCACUAGCAUCCUUCACUCGUUUUCCAGUAGGAAAAGGGUCAAGGGUCACGUUCUGAAGAAUGUAAUUGUUCCGUAACCUGCUCUAAACCCAGUUCUUCUUCUCCUGAAGAGCUGCUGCAGCCAUCCUCUUCAUCCUCUGGAAGUACCUCCGAAAUUCCUCUUCUCAGGAGAUCCAAAACUACCGGGCCUUUUAGUUCUACUCAUCUUGUUUCCCCGUCACCUUCUCCUGAAUCUGGCAGUGCGUCAUCUUCACCAGAAGACGGCUCUUUCACGCCAAACGAUGAAGUCGUCGUAGCAGGACCAGGAACUUCUAGUACAACGAAGAUUAUCAUGAGCGAAGCAUCAACCUUUGCCUCUCGCAGGAAAUUCUAUGAAAAGAUCAAGCCAGGGGGAGCGUUGCUGUACAGUCCUUGGGUAAACUUGGACAAGAAACUUCCUAGAGUCGGCAAUUUGUCACCGGCUUCAGUACCUACAGACAUCAUCGAUGCGGAGGCUGCGCAGGUGGUGGGCAACCUGAUCGCCAGGACCUUACCACCUAUUAUUGAAGACGAAGCUCAAGGUGGACAGCAGGAACAAGAAGAUGAACAAGAUGUUGUUGACGUUGGCGGAGAGACGGGAAUAGAGCAACAAGAAGAUGUCCUCGCAGGGUUACUGGACGACUCUAAGACAACACCAAUCGCAGGAACGGCAGUUACAACAGCUGCACCUGCUCAACCUUCAUCGUCCGAAGUAGAAGAUACUUAUAGUAGUUGUGCAACAGCAGGAGCCUCAGAAAGAAGGAGAACGUCCUCUUCAAAACUAGUAUCAUUCCUCAGUAAAACAACGUCUUGUCCCGCAACUUGCUCUGUUUCCUCCAUGACUGCUCGGGCGGGACAACAGGUGCAGAAGAGAGCAGCAUCGAUGUGGAGGGAUAGAUACUACGACAAGCCGAAUGUUAAGGCUCAGCUUUCCCUGGUCAUUGAAGUUGGUCACUGACACCGAAGUAAGAGGAGACCCCUUGACUGAGAGAACAGGGGAAAUAAAUGAAGGGAAAACAAUGGGAGACGAGGUGUGUACGGGGUUUUGUUCCUUCAGAAUGAUCAGUGACCACGACAGACUGCCGACCUUUAAGAAUGUCCGCGAUCCGAGAGGAAGUGCAAUGUUCUCAGAUUUUUGUGGUGUGAAUGUCCCCAUCGUCGUUCAACUGGCAGCGGCAGAGGUGCUGCGUGACGAAAUCAUCGAUUUUGCGUUCAAAGUGCACAGGGAUUACAACAAUUCACAUUAUGAGAGGCACCCGUGGCUACAUAUAAUGCUCUUGGAAAUGGUGAUAGAACUAGAAUUGUAGUUGGUGCUUUGCUUCUUCCAAUUUUUCUACCAUGAUUGUGGAUGUCGAUCAUGCCCCUCACCCUUAGUCAGAUACUCCCUUUUCCAUUCUGGUUCUAUUCUCCUUCCUUCUCCUUGUUCCACUUCUAACACGGGAAUCAACGAGGCGAUUUGGUGCGUUUGGAUAUCGAUGACGGACUUUUCCAUGCGUUUCCUGUGUGGCUAGCUAGUCUCAACCAUCCCGCCGCGAAACUGAGCUGGCGACGUGGUCUGCAAUUUAUCGCGGCAAAGAACGGACGACUAUUCUUCAGCGGGGGAAAGUAGGAAACUAGCAGUGGAUGCGGAAGUAGAAGCACAAUGCGAGGACACAGCAGAUGAAAAAUAUUCAGACGAACGCUCGUUGCUCCAGAAGAAGGUGUACCACGGGACCAUCGGUGAUGCGUAGAACUGUACAGGACACAUGUAAAAAUGGUUUCACUUGUGCAGCCAGGUUUCAUUUUGCUACUCUGAUUGGCUACGGGAUUAAGCAAGAUGAGAAUCGAUGAAUGUGUGUUUUUAUUUUGAUUCUAGACAUUCUCAAGCAGAACAAACCAGUUACUUUCAACAUUUUUGACGAUUGCAGCUUAAGAACCUUCAAUAUUGUGAAGAAAAUAUGCAGCUCUCCUGAUUUUUCCAACUGUACUAAAAAUACCAAUUCGACAACAAGAACCUUUUACCCACACUACAUUCUUAAGCAGACUAACAGUUAGUCACUAACUAAAACUAAAACUUACUUUUGCAUCUCGACAUUCCCAGAAACCUCAUGUCAAAAUCCUUCAAAUCCGACUCUUCUCUGUAUUUUUAGUACAAAGAUUGCAGCCCACCAUGCUCAAACAUCAUCAUUCACACUUUUAUAGCGCCAAUCAAAAGCCUCGAGCCACCUAUGGAAUUUUGUUCCAGGCUUUGACUUUGUUGAUGGCUCAAUAAUUCGUCGCAUGGAGAUCAUUGAACCGCCUAUAGUGGUUCUUUGUUUCCAGUUGUAACUACUAGCAUUUGAUAUAAUCGAAAACUUGAAAUAACCGAGUUACUGACUGAAAUAUAAGAGUCACUACGUUGCUCUUGGUUCGGUAUCUCUCUUAUUCUAAGCAGUUACUAACUUGGUUAUUUCAGUUUUUCGAAUACUAGCAUUUGAGAUGAUGUAGUUUUGUGCUUUCGACGUUUUGAAAUCUGUAUGCAGCAAUUUGUUUUUUUGAAAAUUCGAGUUCACCAAGCAGAAGAAUUCUUUCUCUUUCUACUUCCUCGGUGCAGCUUGAAACAAUCAGAUCUACUUCAAUCAUUCAAGUGCAACACAUGUAGCUAUCUAUUUCUAUUGACAACAUAUGUUGAUGCAUAGGGUAUUCAUGGCGAGGAGCCUGCAAGCAUUCUAUUUCAUGAAAGAAACACACUGACUUCUGUUACACCACACUAAUGCUGACCACACGCGCAGAAAUCUAAUUCUUGGUUCAUAAUUGAGGACUAGUUUCUGAUUUUGGAAGGGACACCUAUUGCCAGAGAGUUGCAUUAAAUCAUCUGAUUGGGAGCUGAUCCUGUAUCUAUCUGUGUAUGAAAAGUCUUACUCGUUGUAGUUGGCUCAUUUCCAUUUCUAGCUCCAGCAACUACGCAACCAAACUACGCAAGAUAUUAAUGUAUCGUGACAAAAAUUUGGUUUGAGAUUUUGGGUGCUUUGAUGAUGUGGAAGAGUGAGGCUCAUCAUCGUUUGAAGAA